GUCAUUAUCCCAAUCUGUCAAACCUAUUGCGGCUUGUCAUCGCGUAAAUAAAAAGUGUUUCUAAAAACUAAAUACAAUUUUUAAGUAAAUUUAACUGCUAUAUUUUGCAGUAAUAAUGUCGUUUAUGGGUGAUUUGAUGAAUCCCGCACCGCUAUGGCACAACGGUCCAUCACCUGGAGCAUUUUACAGUUUUCCAGGCAAUGCGACUUCCCUAAGACCCACAGGUCACACAGUCCAAGACUUUAGAGCGCAUUCGGCAACCCCAAUCACAACAACAACAACAGUAAUAGGUCUCAGGUUUGACAAGGGCUGUGUGCUUGCGGCAGACACACUUGGUUCUUAUGGAUCAUUAGCACGUUUCCGUGACUGCAACCGUCUGCAGAAGGUCAAUGACCUGACCUUGCUGGGCGCUGGUGGUGACUAUGCUGAUUACCAGUACUUAAGGGAUAUUAUUGAACAGAAAAUUAUUGAUGAACAAUGCAUCGGUGAUGGCCUUCAACUGAAACCAAAAUCACUUCACUGCUGGCUCACCCGGGUGCUCUACAAUAAGAGGAGUAAGAUGGACCCCUUGUGGAACAACUAUGUUGUGGCUGGGAUCCAGGAUGGAGAGCCAUUCCUAGGUUCUGUGGACAAAUUGGGCACAGCAUAUGAAGAUGCCACCAUCGCGACAGGCCUAGGGGCUUACAUGGCCACCCCGCUGUUGCGUGAUGCCACCGAGAAAGGACCUCUUGACGAGGAGUCUGCUAAGGCACUCGUCCGCAAAUGUAUGGAGGUUCUUUUCUACCGUGAUGCACGUUCUUUCCCGCGUUAUCAGCUAGGCGUCGUGACCUCUGCCGGCGUCACUGUGGAGGAGCCAGUGGAGCUGAAACACGACUGGUCGCUUGCGCACAUGAUCCACAUGAAGUGAACUUUAUAACUAAAUACUUUUUUGAAAUAAUAAAAUGUUAAAAUGUC